AUGGGGCGUUGGUAUACCAUGUUGGUCUUAAGUUUGCUCGAGCCAGCCGUCCGUGCUGCAAACUUGACCUCGCACGUAAAUUUAUUCCUGGGAACGCAAAGUGGUGGGAAUGACUUCCCCGGGGUUGCUCGUCCCUUCGGGAUUGUCAAGCUUGGACCCGAUCUCUAUGUCUCCGGGACAGAUUCCUAUUCGGGGUACUUGUCCAAUGGCAAUUUCUCGGGGUUCAGUAUGAUGCAUGAACAGGGCACUGGCGGAGCCCCGAAGUACGGGACAGUUUCCCAGCUGCCUCUAGUCGGAGAUGUCAGUAACCCGCUCUCUAACAUAACCAUCGGCCGGUCAGGCGCAGAUGAGGCUUCUGUGGGAUAUUACAAAGCGAAGACAAGUGAAGGAACGCUUGUGGAGCUGAGUGCAUCUGCCCAUGCCGGAAUUUAUCAAUAUACCUUCCCCAAGGACACAACGGGCAAUAUCCUGGUCGACGUCUCACACGUCCUACCCUCCUAUAGAGGGCAAGGCCUCAGUCAACAUUACAAAGGUGGUAACAUCACCAUUUUCCACGACGGGCACUAUGAGGGCCAUGGCGUGUAUGACAACGGUUGGAACCGUUCGCCCGAUUGGUCGAUUUAUUUCUGUGGUCACUUCGAUGAAGCUCCCAUCAGCAAUAAAACAUAUUCCGGAACCGAUGCGAAGGGCAGCGUCCAGCAGAGCAGUGGUCAUGCAUCUUCUUCAUCGGGCUCAACGCGAGUUGGAGCUGUGUUUACCUUCAAGGACACCACAGUAAUCUCUCGCGUCGGAAUCUCGUGGCUGUCCACGGAGAAAGCCUGCCAAAAUGUCGAGAACGAGAUACCGGAAGACACAAAGUUUCAGUCAGUUGUGGCAGAUGCUCAGUCCGAGUGGGACUCCGAAGUCUUGUCGAAGGUCACCACCAGUAACACGAACGAGACGACUCUCGAACUGCUCUAUACUUCUCUCUACUUCAUGCAUCUGAUCCCCACAAAUCAAACCGGGGAGAACCCAAGUUGGACAUCUUCGGAGCCAUACUACCAGGACAUCUUUACUUACUGGGAUCUCUUCCGCUGCUCUACUGCCCUCAUGCAAGUUCUGCAGCCUGUCGCUUAUGAAGAGCAGAUUCGCUCUCUCAUCGACAUUUGGCGAUUCGAGGGCUACAUGCCCGAUGCGCGAUCUUCCAAUUACAACGGACGCACUCAGGGUGGUUCGAAUGCAGACAAUAUCCUGGCAGAUGCAUAUGUGAAAGGCGUGCGUGGUGCCGUGAACUGGGAGGAUGGCUACAAAGCCAUGCUCAAAGAUGCAGAGGUGACACCGCCCAAUUAUCCAGUCGACCCGAUGGCCCCCGACUCUUCGACGAAAGAAGGAAGAGGGGCACUGCCAGACUGGUUGAGCUUGGGCUACAUCACACCUCGAUUCAGCCGAGCUGUCACGCGAGCGGUGGAAUAUUCAUGCAAUGACUUUGGGCUGUAUCAGGUGGCAUCGGGACUCAAGAAAGAAGACGACGCAACAAAGUACCUGAAUCGUUCAAGGAACUGGCGAAACCAUUGGAACGCCAACCAGACCUCUCUAGGGUUCUCCGGCUUUGUCGUUCCUCGCAACGAGUCGGGCUUCAUUGAGACCGACCCCCUGAACGACAGCGGUUACUGGGGGGACCCUUAUUACGAAGCCAGCUCAUGGGCCUAUUCGUGGGCGAGCAUUCACGACAUGAAAAAGAUCAUCGAGGCGAUGGGCGGAGACGAGACCGUUCUUGACCGGCUCAACACGAUGUUCACCGAGGGAGCCAGCGGGUCCAGUGGAAUCAUCUUUGAUCCGACCAACGAGCCCAUGUUCAACAUCCCGUACCUGUAUCACUACAUCAACCGUCAAGACCUGUCGGUCUCGCAAUCGCGCAACAUUGCCAAAUCGUAUUACGGCGUGGGAGUAUCCGGUCUGCCCGGAAAUAGCGACGCCGGAGCAAUGCAGACAUGGCUCCUAUGGAACAUGAUCGGUCUGUACCCGGUCACGGGACAAACGACGUUUCUAAUUCACUCUCCCUGGUUUGACUCUCUUACCAUCGACCUCGGGGACGGUAAGCACUUGAAUGUCACCUCCAAAGGCGGCGACGGAAACGGAGGAGGAGACAUCUAUGUGCAGAGCCUUCGAGUGAAUGGCAAAGACUGGAAGAAGAACUGGCUCACAUGGGACGACAUCUUCGUCCGAGGAGGGACGCUGGAGUUCGAGCUAGGAGAGAGUGCGAGUGGCUGGUUCACUGGAGAGGUACCACCUAGUCCAGCCUCGUAGAUUAUAUCCGCCCUUGAGCGUAUGCUUCUUUUUCAAAUGUACAUCGUUAGCGCUGUUAAUAUCCCACAGUGGAAAUACUCUCACCCCGGCUCGAUUCACUAGCACUCCUUACCUCCGUACGAAUAAGUUCGACAGGGAGAGAGUUUCCGUCAGCCCGACAGACACCACCGUAGCUGAAAGGUGGAUAUGAGGACGAGCUGACUAGUAUACCAACAGCGAGCACCAGAGACAGCGCACGGUAUAUUCGUAGGAUGGAUGGCAUUUGCUGCAUCCAGACAAGAGGAACAGCUAAAGACGACUAGAAGCCGAAAGAGAAUGUCAUCGACGAUAGCAUCAACUUAAUAUCGAAGAUCCCGAUGAUCAUCAUUUCAACGCCGC